CGAAGGAUAAUAAAGAGUUGGCUGCUUGCCGGUGUUUGUGUGAACCCGGAAGAGGCAAGGGGGGGACUACUUCUGAGGGCGGUUUUGACUGAUACGCUGGGACGGACGGGAGGAGUGAAAGGUGGCGGGGGAGGCGUGGCGUGUCUGGUUGUCGCAGGCGCUUGAGGACGAUUUUUUUGUGGGAAGAGGGAGCGGCGACGGCCGGGGCACAACUUGUCUCGAAUUCACACAUCAAAUCGACUAUAGUUUUUUUGUAUUUUGGCUCCAACGUCCACACGCGAGAGAGAGACAGAAGAAACAGAGGCCAAAAAUCUCGGCGCUUCAGCUCGUUCGGAAGGGCUCUGGGUGAGUGCGGCGGCUAGGCGUUGCAGCCAUGGACAACACCGGGGGAGGCGAGCCGGACACGUCGGACACGAUAGACGUGCUCAAGUGCCUGCGGUGCGGCCAGGAGGGGUGCACAAAUGUGCCGGGCCUGGGCUAUCAGGGCGAGGGGCCGACGAUGUGCACGGAGCACGCGUCGCCGGCCAUGAUCCAGAUCGUCCACCUGAGGUGCGAGCACGGAGACUGCACCGCCAGGAGGACGUUUGGCUUCGACGGCGCCUCUGCUCGCCUCUGCGCCGUGCACAAGCUCGACGGCAUGGUUGACUUGAUGAAGCGGAGAAGCCAGUCGUGA